UCAUACAACCGCACCAACUGUCAAAGGGUAAAAUUAGAAAAGAAAGAAAAGAUAACCAAAAAAGAAACAAAUUGUUUAACUAAUGUUUUGCACAAGAAAAACGAGUGAAAAUUUGUUAAACGCUUCGGCAAGCGCUUGCUAAAGGGUGAUUUCAACCAAUCCCGGCACCCGCACAUGAUGGCGACGGAGAUUGUGAAGGGAUACAACGAUCUGCAGCAGGAGCUGGACCGUGCGAGAUGUAACCUGAAGGGGUUAAACGAUAACAUUCGAAGAAUAUUUGGACGCGAUCCGGCCAAUGCUGAGCAGUACAACAACGGCCGGGACGAUGCCGGAGGACCAUACACGCCGAACGGAGGCAACAAAAAAGCUCCCGCCGUAAAGGAUUCACCGUACGAUUCCCGCAAGCGAAGCUCGGUCGGGUUCGACUCACCGCAUCAUGGGAUGGGACCACGCCGGGACCAUGGCCGAGCGUACCCCGAUCUUGGCCAAAAUCCAGCCAAACGCCGUGCCAUAGGAGAAACCAAGUCCGUUUUCAGUCGCCUGUCCGGGCCACCGAAUCGUGAUGUGGACUACGAGAAGCCGCGAAUCUUUUCCCGCGUCAUUAAGGAGCAACCGUCCAAGGAGGACAUUGUGGCGGCACAAGGUUCGGACGAACGGUCGCGUGCCCGCAAUCGGCGCAUCUUCGGGUCACUGUUGGGCACGCUGCAAAAGUUCUCCCAGGAGGAAUCGAAACUCAAGUCCAAAGAGGAGAAAAAAGCGAUGAUCGAAAAGAAGCUGGAGGAGCAGGAGAAAGCGGAACGGGAAAACAUGCUCAAGGAAAAGCAAUGCCUGUUUACGGACCGGAAACGGCAACAGCUGGAGAUUCGUGCGCUCGAAACGAAGGUGGCGAUGCUGAAGGCGCUAGAAAUGUGGGAAAACUCGAAACGACCGCUGCAGAACUUUAUCAAGACGAAAACGAACCCACCGAUCUACUAUCUACCAAAGCGGAUGAAUGCUGCCAUGGAAAAGAAGCUGGCCGAAUGUCAGCAGGAGCAACAGAAAAUGAUGGAAGAAAAGCGGCAAGAGGUGAUGGAAAGCAUCGAGGCAGUUGAGGCACGGUUCCGGGCGGACAUUAAAUCGCUGGAGGAAAACGAUACGAAAGAUCGUUCCCAUGGCGGUAGCUACGAACGGGUAAAGUCGUCUGGCAGCUUCGACGAGAGUAUGAUCGUCGGGUCCGGUGGCUCCAAGCACGAUCGAUCCAAGCUGGAAGAUGACGAGGAGGAUGAUGAUCCACACAGUUCGUACCAUUACGAACAGGACGAACCGCUCGAAGUGCCCGAAGGGCCAGCCUUACCCGCAUCGAUGGCGUCAAGGUUUAAAAUUACCAUCCUUAACACUGAGCAUAAGCAAGAUACCGUUGAACGACGGGAGAUGCCCGCCGAGGAAUCGAAACCCAUGCGGCUGCUGUCGACGGACAGCGUGGAGGUGGACGCAUCCGUCACAGAAAUGGAUGAAGAUUCGGAAGGUGUCAGCAGACGCAAGACCUCUCUCGAUCGUUCGAAAAAUAUUCAGAUCACGUUCCGAACGUCCGCGCCCGAGGAUAAUUGAUCGUACCGUGGGAAAACGGUACGUAGAAGAGGUACGGGAAGAAAUUAGGUUGCUUGUAAGUUCUUGCUGGUAUUCGGUUUAGCAGGAGCAGUGCAAUGCCGGUUGCUGAAGUUGAAAUGUUUUGUUGUAAAUUUGAACUUGAAUUCACUUAACUCUUUGAAUUUUUCUUACGAAAUGUCGUAUAAUUUCGGUCUAAAUUCGGACUAACUCAAGAAGGUCACAAAUAAUGUUUCAUAAGAUUUGCAAGCCAAGUUUAGGCAGGAAUGACCUUUCAAGUAUGGCGCUAGAACAAAUAAGUAAGAGAUACUUUGAUUUAAACCGAUUGGCAUUCGAAGUCGGGCCGAUUCGAAUCCUCUUUGUGGCUACCCGUCUCGCAUAAGCAGAAAUAAGAAGUGUAGGGUCAAAUUCGGAUUUUUGUUGUUGUUGGCUCUAGUUCAAAUAUUAGUUCCUAGGAAACUGAUCGUGCCAGCUCGACCAACAACGGCGUUGUACUGCAUUACUCCCAUACUAUUAGCAAAACGCAAGUGAAACAAACGGUGAAAGAGGGAACAACAGUCACAGUUCUCUAGUUGGUUAAAAUAUUAAACCGUUCGAUGCACGAGAAAAGGAUGGUAUCGGAACCCAUCACGCAGAGCCAUCACGAUUCAUUUAGACGGACCCUCCCCGUACGCAGCAAAACAUUUAGCUGAAUCGAAUUGUACAGCUUUGACACAAUUGUAUCGCUUGUGUAGUAGUGUAGAUGGUGAUGGGAGGUUCAAUUCGAACCUAUCGGGUCGGAACCAUCCGAACGAAGCGAUCCGGAAUCGUUCGGGUGGUAUCCCUAGUUCCAAUAAGUUCGGUCGGGUGGGUUGUCCCGAUAUCGUUACCUCCAUGGAUCGACCCGCAUCUACGCGUCGAACUCGCGUAUGCUUUGCUUCACCUACGGGUCGACCCGAACUCACUGAACCCACAGGUGGAGCUCGAUUCCUACAGGGACGAACUCGAUUCCGGGUCUAUCCGCGAAAAGAGCCGUAUGACCCAUCACUAGUGUGUAGCGUUUACCUUCGUAAGAUAGUGGCUAAGAACAUUAGAGGCGCAUAGGAAGAACCACUCAUCCCGAUGAUGAUUUGCGUGUCGGUACGAUCGAUCGGUAGUCCACGGCGAAUUGUGAGCGUAAUGCAGUAAGUAAGUAAUACUAUAAAAUAGCAUAUAAUAAACCGGUUUUCAUACUUCCCAUA